AUGGUGCACCUGAAGAAAAGCUCACCAAAAGCCCCCCAGCCACCAGGCACCGCACAAAAAACUAGGCAAAAGAAGACAAUGGUGCACACAAAGACAGCCCUAUCAGAUGUUCAAAAGUGUAAGCAAAAUGGAAUAGAGACUCACCUGCAGGCAACCAACACACAAAAUAAUUAUGCCGGACAUGUUCGUUGUGGACGGGAGUGGCUGGAAAGCCAUUUUGAUCACUUGGAGUCCGAGUUCACUGUUGGUGAAGAUGUGAAUGACUCAGACAUGUACAAUGAUCCAGUGUUCAAGGACGCAUUCAGUCACAUACCGAAUAGGUGCUCGGACAAGGCAUUGGCGCUCUUCAUGUCAUUGAAAGGGUUCCAUCAGAACCUCAGCAAAACAACCGUGGAGAGCAUUCGAUUGGCAUUUAAGGAAAUGUGGGAGCUGUCCGAUGGUGACAGAUAUUGUGGAAAGUGGCACCUCAAUGAGGCAAGACAAUGUUGGGAAGGCAACCCUGCCAAGUCGGCAGAGAUUUUUGACGUGUUGUCAUCUGUCAAGCACAAGGCCAGUGCCGAAGGUGGAGAUCGGACUCAUUUGAUGGCCAUGACAAAGGAUUACAUGGAGCGCACACUCCGGUGGCAUUACGCAGUGUGUCCACUGGAUAUAGCACUGGGGACCAUUCAGAAGGUGAUGAGCAGUGCUCACCCUUUGGAUGUGAAUCUGGACUUGGAAACAAGGAAAGUACUUACUCGUCAUGUCAAACAAAUUGCGUUCGAAGCUGGCGCAUGGAUGUUAUGGACACGAUGUUUUGAGCUUGUCAAAUUACAGCGAAAGGAUAUCUCACUGGAUACUACCAUGCUGGAUGGUGUCCUCAAAGCAUACCUUGAAAACGAUACAUCAACGCUGCAGAGCAGCUCUCAGUUAUACUUUGAGAUUUUUCUCUCAAACCAGAAAGGAUGGCAGAAGAAGGUUGACAAAGGUCAGUGGGAAGCAGACUUGAGAUCAAACCAUUACAAAAUAUAUCCACGUCCCAGCAUUCCAGCCUGUGACUGCUUUGUUUGGAUGUUAGUCUGGAUUAAAUGGCUCAAGCUCUUUCAUUACAGAUGCACACUUCAGCCCAACAACUUUAUCUUUCCCGCAAUGGGCGCCAAUGGUGUUGUUCAGCCCGGCCAGCCAAUCUCGCAUGAUACAGUGCAAAAGUGGAUAAAUGAGUCGACAGCAGGCACCGGCAUUCUUGAUAAUUUUUCAACUCAUUGCUUUCAUUGUGGGGCCGUGCAAUACUGGUUCAUGUUUGCUCCAGUGGGCCAGUGGUGGAUGCUUGCGAAAGUUCGCUGGUGGGGUGGAUGGGCAGAGGGCGAGCAUCGUGAUACACUCAUUUGCUAUCUACUCGAUGAAUUGCAUGCCUAUGAAACUGACUAUAGCAAUGCCCUUGCACCCAUCUCCCGUGGUGCAAACAACUCACUUGCUGGAGAAAACAUUCUUGUGAGUCCGGCGUCGACAGAAGAGUUGCGCUUGGUCCAUGCAUCUGUCACAGCAGACGUCGACCGCCUGCGCAAUGACAUCGGAUCCGUCAACAACUCACUCCACUCACUAACGAAUGUGGUGGUGCAGGCCACCUGCACCACAGCAACUGCUUUUCAACAUCUUGACUCCUCUCAGCGCUUUGCUGUCAUUCCCGGCUCCGAGUCACGCACCUCCCACACACCAUCUUUAAGUCCAAGUCCAACAUACUAUGUUCUGCCUCAGAGUCUUCAAGUUGGAGGACUUGGAGGACAUCCUGUAGCUGCAACACACUCACCUUCAUCUAGUUCCACUGGCAUCACUGGCACCAGCAAGAACCAUGGUGCUGUGCCAUUUGCAUGCGCAAAUGGCACAACCAGCCCAAAGAACAGGUCCUGGAAGGACAUUGUUGAACACUGGCUCGUUGACGAUCCCAACAGGGGACUGAAGACGCUACUGAAGGACUGGCCAAAGGAGUGGUACCAGGGCAUCAAUCGACAGUUCGCAUCAAAAUACCAUCAAAGGUCGACCAUAGCACUGGAAUUCAUCAACAAGUGA